AUGAGCAUUGAUUAAAAUAUUUACUUAUUUAUAAUGCUAGUUAGACAUUUUUCAAGAUGUUUUAUGUUUCGAAUCAUACGACGUCCAUUUAUCAUAUUUGCAACGGAACGAACAAGAAUACCAAAUCAUAACGAUAAUAUCUGUGUUGACAAAUUCUUACGGUCAGAAAUCUUACUUUCAGAAGAAAAUAAACAACGCGCAAUGCAAUGUAUGAAGAAAACACCACAAAUUGGAUUGAAGAUGGGACAAACUACAAAAGAGAGGUCAUUCGCCGCUGUCCUCAUAUGUCUCUGCAAAGAUGAAAUGGGUGAAAUCUCUAUACUCUACACUCGGCGCUCUAGUAGACUAUCUCGGCAUGUUCGACAAAUAUCCUUUCCCGGGGGACUUAAGGAUUCUGAAGACAGUGAUUUUAUAGACUGUGCCUUACGUGAAGCGGAGGAAGAAGUCGGUUUAACUCGAAAUCGAUUAAAUAUUUGGGGAUCAGGCACUCUCAUAACCCCUUCGCAUACCGCUGCAAUCAUGCCUGUUGUGGCUGCGGUUAAUGACUUUAAUCUAAAAGAGUUAAAACUCAAUGCGGAUGAAGUUGAAGAGGCAUUUCUAAUAUCCGUCAGGGAGCUGGUGCAUCCCAAAACGUUAAAGCAUACACAAUUUAAGGGAGGGUGGAGUACUCCUAAUUUCGUUGUUGGACAUAAUAAAGUUUGGGGCAUUACAGGUUUCUUAACAAAUAUGUUUCUAAGAUGCCUUAUUCCCUUUGAGUUAAAGAGACUUAAACAUCAUGCUAAAUAUGUUCGUCCUUUUAAACACCACCAUUAAUUUUUCAUUUCUUGUAUAUACAUGUCGUCACCUGAAAAUAACGUAUUAUCUAAAAAUUCGAAAUUGAGUGUCUUAUUGAUUACGCUUCACUACUUCAAAUUACAUACAUAAUAUUACAUAUGUUA